AUGGGACCUAAAGAAGAUCCGGGCGCUGUAGUUGAUCCUAGAUUGAAGGUUUAUGGAGUUCCAGGCCAUAGAGUAGUUGACGCAGCUAUAAUGCCUGAUGUUACAAGAGGAAAUACUAAUGCACCGACAAUGAUGAUUGCAGAAAAAGCUGCUGAUAUGAUCAAAGAAGAUUGGUGUGAAAACGCAAAAUAA